AUGUCAAGCUUCAAAAGCAAUGCCCUUAGAGGCACUUUCUUCCUGGUCUUCGGGCUUGGGUGGUCUGUGAAAUACCCAUUGAAAUACUUGAGCCGAAAGCUGAAUGCAGACAAUCAGGCAAGCCGCUGGAUCCAGAAACUGGAUAUCCUUGAAGGGGCAGCCAAAGCUUUCCUGGCUAUAGCAGGGAUGCUGGCUGAGCAAUUCAUCCCUGAUGGCUCCCACAUGGGUCUCUACAGUGGAGGGACGUACAGCUGGGAGAAGCUGACUAACUGGCAGUACACAACCAUGUACCUCUUUUAUGGCCUCUCGGGCAUUGUGGAUGUUCUCGCCUAUUCCCCGCUCAAGCUGUCUCUGGGACUGGAUCGCCUCUUGCUGUCUGUGGCUAUGUUCACUGAAGGUUUCCUGUUCUGUUUCCAUGACUACAAUAAUACUGCUCUGGAUCAGCACCUCCACUCCUUGCUGCUCAUCGCCAUAUUUGGUGGAGCCCUUUGCGCCCUGAUGGAAGUGUUCCUGCGGGAUCACACCAUCCUGGAGUUCUUCAGAACCAGUUUCUUCAUCCUCCAGGGAUCUUGGUUCUGGCAGAUUGGGUUUGUGCUGUCCCCGCCAUGGGGAGGGCCAGGCUGGGACCAGACUGACCGUGGAAACUUCAAUUUCCUCACAAUGUGUUUCUUCUGGCAUUACGCAGCUGCUCUUCUCGUCACAGCAGCCAACUCUGUUUUUUCUUAUUGGUACAGAAAGGGAUGUCAGGCAAACUUUGGAAAUGUUGAUGUUGAACUCGACUGUGGGUUUUGUUUUCGGAAAACCAACCAAAGCCCUGAACCUGUCCUCCUCCCAGAGGAUGGGAUGGAUGAAGAGUGAGGACUUGACUGAUUUCUCUGCUUUCCUGAGGAUUGUCCCCUUAAGAUGCCAUUUAAAAUAAAGUAGAG